AUGCCGUUUAAUAAGCGCACGGUUGAACCGAUAAAUUUAUGUCAAGUCCAAUUGCCUAAAGGUAUUCAAAACGAAUUAGAAUGUGUGGCAAAUUUAACAUUAGCCAAUAUUAUUCGGCAAUUGAGUUCAUUAAGUUCAUUGGCACAAGAUAUGUUUGAUGAAUUAACUACAGAUGCUAUUCAUAUCUUUCAACGAACGGAAGCAUUACAUGGAAGAAUAGAAAGACUUAAAAUCAAAGUUACACAACUUGAUUCGAAUGUUGAAGAAGUCACAAUUGAAGAUGUGAAUAAUCGAAAACCAUUUGUCAGUGUAACACGAAUUGAUCAACAAAUUGUAAACCGAUCAACAAUGCCGAAAUCGCUGAGAAUGUUAUACGACAAAGCUGAACCAGCUCCAGCAUUACAUCUACUUAAUCCUUUUAGAGAUGAUGGUCGAGAUUGCAUGAAAUUUUAUACUGAUCCAUCGUUUUUUUUUAAUUUGUGGAUGCAGUCAAUGAUGCAAUUUCCGCAAAAUACUCGACCACAAAGACAAGAACGUUUCCGAUCUCCGAAAGCCAUAAACAAACAACAACAGCCUUCCCUUAAUGAUACAAUUUACAUUAGUUCCUCGAGUUAUCUUCGUUCACCGGACGAGCAGUCUUCGUACCAUAGUCCUCAUGAAUUAGGUUUGCAUGUACUACCUAAUAAGGAUUUCGAACAAAUAGCACGUGCGACAGUUCAAGCACAAUAUCAGCAGCAGCAACAAUCAAUUUAUUCUGCUUCACCUUCAAAUAAUCGUAUGUUAUCAAUAAUGAAACAUAGUAAUCAAUUUAAUCCAAAUGAAUUUUAUGAGGAUUCACGUAGUCCAAAACUUAAUGGUGUCUAUCGUGAUCGUCAACAACAACAAGUAAUCAUGAUGAACGGCAAUAGUAAUAAUAAUUCUUAUUAUUCUACAAAAUCACCUGUUAUACAAGCCGUAGUUCGUCAACAAUCGCCGCAAUUUGAUGUACACCAGUCACCUUAUCUAAUGGAUUCAUCUAUGCAACAACCACCAGUUAUGCGAGCACCACCUGCAAUCCCUCAACAACAUCCAGUUCAUAAACAAAUGACGGCUAUGCCAUUUUCGAGACCAUCCAUGAUUAGCCGCCCAAGCUGUAGUCCUCCACCCCCGCCUCCUCCUCCACCACCAAUUGAGCAAAUAGACACGUCUAUUUUGGGUGCAAUAUCAGAGACCGAUAAUCUUCCACCUCCACCCGACGAUUUUAUUCAUCAUCAUCAACAAGAUGAUACUCAAAAUUUUGAUAAAAAACGAUUGCAGAUGGAAGAACAAUACAUGCCACCAAAAUCUCCUCAAGGGUCAUCGCUACCUGUGCCACCGGCUCCUCCCUUUCCAUCCGUUUUACAUGGUUUGGUUGUGAAUGUAUCAGGACGUCCUAAUCCAAAUACCAGCCAACAGCAACAAAAAACAACUGACAAUGUUCAAGCGUUAACAACACAGUUUGAUGAAAUUUCAAUUGCAUCUGAAAGUUCAGUAGGCAUCCAAGAUCCCCGACCAGUUGUUAUGAGAGAUUUGCAUUCAGAUUUAUUGGAAGCAAUUAAAAAUGGUAUUCAUUUACGUAAAACAGAAGUUCGUAAACGUAAAGAAGAGGAAAAGAAAAAAGAAACAUCUGGUCUCGAUGUACAAUCCAUAAUGGAAAUGGCGGCAAAAUUUCGUCGAGAUAAAAUUCGUCCACAAUCUGACUCGGAAAAUGAAGAUGAUUCAACACAUUGGGAUUCGGAGGGAUAA